CGGUCGACUGCGCAUCUCUGUCCGUCUCUUCCUAUCCUCCCGUCGGCACGAUGGGCAAACCAGCGGACAGAAGCAUCGACUACAGCUACUUCGGCGGCGCGGACUCACUCGACGAGGGCCGCUCUCCACGCCGCACGGAGGUGCCCAGCCCAACCGAGAAGGACGAUGGGAAGCACUUCACGGGUCCACCCCAGGACCCGUCAGACUUCCUCUGGCUCAUGACGGAGGAGCCGCAUAGGUCACGGAGGAUGGCAAUUAUGAAAGCCCACCCAGAAGUAACGAAGCUCAUGGGUCAUGAGCCCCUUACCAAAUGGGUCGUUCUAGGUGUCGUAUCCUUGCAAAUUGCGCUUGCUAUCCUCCUCCGUCAUACCCGUCCUCUCUCCCCCCUCUUCAUCCUCACGGCAUAUGUCAUUGGUGGUACGGCAAAUCAUAAUCUGUUCCUCGCUAUACAUGAGAUCACGCACAACCUCGCGUUCCGGAGGCCAAACCUGAACAAGGCGCUUGCCGUGUUUGCAAACCUACCGAUUGGUAUCCCGUACUCGGCUGCGUUCAAGAGGUAUCACAUCGAACACCACAAGUUCCUCGGCGAGGAUGGUAUUGACACCGACCUCCCAACCAACCUUGAACUUAUCUGCCUGAACAAUGUGCUAGGGAAGGUCUUCUUUGCGACUUUCCAAAUCCUUUUCUACGCCCUCCGCCCGGGCUUCGUGCGCACUCAGGCAUUCACCCAGUGGCAUUUCUUCAAUCUAGUCACCGAGCUCCUCUUUGACUACGUCCUCGUGAAGGCAUUCGGGGUCCGCCCGCUCAUUUACCUCCUCGCGUCAAGCUUCUUCGCUGGAAGCCUGCACCCGCUCGCAGGACACUUCAUUGCGGAACAUUACGUAUGGGAUGGUCUGCAGCAAGAGACGUACUCCUACUACGGUCCCCUGAACGUUCUUGCUUAUAAUGUUGGCUACCAUAACGAGCACCACGACUUCCCCUCAGUCGCAUGGACCCAACUACCAGCGCUUAGAGCGCUCGCGCCCGAGUUCUACGACACGAUCCCCUCACAUCCUUCCUGGCCCAUGGUCCUCGUCAAUUUCAUCCGCGAUCCUGAGGUCGGCAUCUUUGCACGCGUCAAGCGCAAGCGCAAGGACCGCGGCGAGGUGCUCAGCGAUGGGCAAACAACUCCUCCCGCCGACUCCUCGAAGUCAGGCUAGGGUGGUUUGAACUGUAGAGUCUAGAGUCUAGGGAAGUCCACACGCAUCUGGAUGGCUCCUAGUGCACAGGCGUGCUCAAUGUGUAGACUUAGAAGCGUGUCACGGGCGCAUGGUGUUUUGGGCCGUAUUUAUUAACAUUGAC